UGAGUUAUUUUAGAGUUAGUCUUGGGCUCAUGGGGGAAUUAUCUGGCUGCUCUGUGGGACUACAGAUUUCAGACUGAAAUAGAGGGAGAGUGAAAUGGUGUUUGGAGGAGUUUCAACAAAAUGACUGGCAAGAGGCUGAUCCAAACGCAAGGAAGCACGACAGACCAGCAUUUUGUUUUGUGUUUUUUUAAACGUGAACAAUCCAGAUAUCUAUCCACCCACCCAUCCACCCAUUCAUCCAUUCUACUGCCCUGCAUUUUAUUGGGGCGAUAAUAAGUCAUGCCAGGAAUCACCAAUAGGUGUCAGUAAAAGCUCAUGAAUGCUCAUUAUUACGCUCACGAAGAAGAAGAAGCAGCACAUCAUUUUUGCUCAUGUUUGAAACAGAAUUGCUUAUUACACGGUAGAAAAAUACGCAUUUGCAUAUUGCCGUGACAUUUUAAACCAAAAUAGCUUUCUGGAUAUGCAAGACUAACCCAAAAGACACACACGCGCACACUGGAAACUCCACCUCGUCGAUCAUUGAGUACGUCGAUUGUCAUAGCGUCCAGUGUGUAACCCUGGGCAACGCCGGCUCACCAGUAGGCGGGUCCUCCGUAGAAAAGGAGGAUACGAUUGGUUUAUUUGACAAACGCUGAUCAGUGAUUGGUUGCCAUUGAGGCCGUUUGUGCGGGACUUUAUGACAGGUAUGAAGGAGCAGGAACAGAAAGGAGGCGAUGAUUCACUACAGAAAUAUGGCGUCGAGAAAGAAGGCUGGAACCAACGCUCAGGAGAAGGGCGCAAAUGGAAAGCAGUUAUCAAAACAUAAAGACGGACCAAUAGUGAUGGACACUAAGGCCGUGUUUGCAGCCCUGUAUGAGGUGUGUGAGGAAAACGCUGCCUUCUUUGCUGGCGCGCCAACGGACGAUGCCCCAAAAAGGCUGGUUAAUGCUAUGGUGACCAUACAGAACCACGCUCGCAGUCUCGAGCCAGUUAUCUGUGGCUUUGCUGCCAUCUACCAUCACUUUGACUUUGACCCUCACAUUCCUGCCAAUGGAUACCGCUCACUAGUGAAGUUGGUGCGUUGCUGUGUUCUUCACAUCAUCCACAAGGCGCGCCACAUUGCAUCCAACAGACGGGGAAUCUUUUUCCGUGCAGCUCAUCAUGCUGCAGAGAUGGAAGCGUACAGCUGUGCUCUAUGCCAGCUGAGGGCUCUGCUCUACCUCGCACAGAGGCUGCUCCAUGAAAACAGUCACGGAAACCUCUUCUUCCAAGAUGAGAAUGGUCUCAGCCAGCUAUUUCUUCGAGAGUAUGCUUCCAUGCACAAGGGCUGCUUUUACGGUCGAUGUGUUGGCUUUCAGUUCACUCCGGCCAUCCGUCCACACUUGCAGAGUAUUAUCAUAGGCUUGGUCGCAUUCGGAGAUAACUACAAGAAACAUCAUUCCGGCAUCGGUGUUGCUGCAGGUUCCUUAUUCACCUCUGGGAAGUAUGCCAUGGAUCCUGAGCUGAGGGGCUUGGAGUAUGAGCGAAUCACUCAAAACUUGGAUGUUCAUUUCUGGAAGUCAUUCUGGAACAUCACUGAAAGUGAAGUUUUGGCAGGUUUGGCAAGUAUGACCUCCACACAGGUAAAGGUGAAUCGUGCUCUCAGUGUGCCACCUGAUUCCUUUGACUUACCCAUGGUGGGUGAUUCAACACAUACAGUUACAAUCUCCUCCCCGGUUGCUCAUAUCGGCCUUGGCCCAGUUCAGAUGAGACUCAUCUCCAGUGAGCUGAGGGAAGGACAGGAUAGUGAGAAACUUCUAGCAAUAUCCCGUGAUGGAGGCUCACACUCCCUGACUUCGAAGAUUAAAAAGAGCCCUCCAUCACCUUGGCUGGUGGUACAUUACCAUGGAGGGGGCUUUGUUGCACAAACUUCUAAAUCACAUGAGCCAUACCUAAAAAGUUGGUCUCAAGAUCUAAAUGCCCCAAUCCUGUCAGUAGAUUAUUCUCUUGCUCCUGAAGCCCCAUUUCCACGUGCGCUGGAGGAGUGUUUUUUUGCCUACUGCUGGGCUCUCAAGAACCACACACUUCUGGGUUGGACAGGAGAGCGAGUGUGUUUAGCUGGUGAUAGCGCAGGGGGAAACCUAUGCAUCACGGUGUCAAUGUUGGCUGUGGCACAUCAAGUACGUUUGCCGGACGGCAUCAUGGCUGCAUACCCUGCCAUCAUGCUCACCACCUGUGCCUCACCUUCCCGUCUGCUCAGCCUUAUGGAUCCUCUCCUUCCACUUAGUGUACUGUCUCGUUGCCUCAGUGCUUAUGCAGGUUUGGAUCCUCAGGAGGAGAAACCAGCAGAAAAACUCACCAAUCUGGGGACAGUAAGGAAGGACACUGCCCAAAUGUUCAGAGGUUUCAGACAGGGAGCCUCAAACUGGAUUCACUCAUUCCUGGACCAUAACAAACCAAGUGCAGAAACCAUGAGGUACAGUGUUUCUGAGGGGACUCUCAGUUCUGCCCAGUCUGACUCCCAGUGUGCUGGAGCAUCCUCUGCAUUCUCAGUGAAAAAGGAAUCUAUGAAAAGCCAAACGUAUGACUGUUUGGUCACCCACGCUGCCAAUACAUCCACCAGCAGCAGCCAGAACAGCACCAGCUCUACUGCCAACCACAAUGCCAACCUCACGCUUCACCAGCAUCCUAUCCUCAACACCACAGCAAUCCUUGAAAGCAAGCCAGAAGAUAUAAGUAUACUUUUCUCCAAAGAGGUCGACCCCUCCGUGUCAAAUUUAAUCUCGUCUGUGGCUGUACCUCCACCUAAUGAAGACGAACACUCUGAAAACCCACGAGGGUUUCCUGGGGACUUUGAGCCAUUGCGCUCAGAGCAGCUUGCCAAAAUGUAUUUCGAUUCUUCACCUGUCUUUAGGAAUCCCUACAUGUCACCUCUUCUGGCUCCAGACCACAUGCUGAAGGGACUGCCUCCUGUUAAUAUAGUGGCCUGCGCCCUGGACCCCAUGUUAGACGACUCUGUGAUGUUCGCCAGACGACUCCGGAACAUUCAGCAGCCUGUGACUUUGUGUGUAGUGGACGACCUACCGCACGGCUUCCUUAGCUUGUCACAGCUCACUAAAGAGACCCAUGAAGCCUCUAAUGUUUGCAUGGAGAGGAUCAGAGAUGUCUUUACUAUGAAAGAGCUGCCUCCAGGCAUAAAUAAACACCGCAAGCUGGAAAGGACAGAUCAUUGUGCUUCAGGUGCAUCUACCAAAAUCUUUCAAAUGACUAGUGAAGAUAAAAGAGAAGGAGUUGUUUGAAAGGUGGAGAGUGGUGUAGUGACCAACGAAGGUGAGAUUUGAGAACCAAAAUUUAAGAAAAAAAUAUAACAAAAAUUAAAACAGGAUUUCCUUUUUUUUUUUUAAACAAAAAAGAAAUAUAGACUAAAGUUCGACUAAAAUCACUGUGCAAUGAACCAGCAGAACAAGAUUGAUUAUAAUAGUGAAGUAACGUCUCACUGAAGUAGUUUCAUUUAUACUUGUAUUCUUAUGUUAAUGUUUUUCAGUACGUAUAAAGUAGUCAGAGGGGACACUGCGCCUAUUGUGUUAAAAAAAAAACUUAUACUUGCAUGUCAAAUAGACAUACAGUUGUGUUCAAAAUUAUUCAACCCCCAAUGCUGUAAAUGGUUUUAGGGAAUUUAGUGUACAUUUGUAAU